UUGGGAUCGUCGCAUUUCUGUGUUGGUUGUGGCCGUGAACGGCACCUCAAGUCCAAGGGCAAGGCGAGCUCCUCCAGUGAGACAUUUCUCGGCCCGAUUGAUAGCGAUUCCGAAGGAAGUUCAAGUCAUCUUUCAGAUAACACCGCAGUUCGAGGGUUCGCCUGACAAUGAGGAGCAGCCCAGUUUACCGGAUGGCCAACGUUCGGUUCGUCCUCGCUAUUUUCAUACUGAUCCUCGGCGGCGCCGCCUCCGCGGACGAGGAUUCCCUCGUAUCGGCGUCCGCGGAACCGUCGGGCGUCUCGGGUCCGGACUACACGGGUCCGUCCGCUGGAUCGGACGAGUGCGACCCGGAGAUGGUCGGCUUCGAGCUGGUCACCGGAUGGGUUUACACGGACCCCGCCAACAUGCUCGACUCCAUACCCGGGACGCUGAUGCUCACCGACUGCCUCGAGACUUGUCAAGCGAACGAUUCCUGCCAAGCAGUCAACUAUGAAACGGGUCUCUGCGUGCUGUUCGGCUCGAAUGCGGAUAAUAAUCCAGGUGCGCUGUCGCAAUCACAGUUUCCGGUCUUUACAAUCUACGCCCAGAAGAGCUGCUUGAGCGUGAAACCGUGCGAAAGAGCAUGGUGCAUCGACAGGGUGCAAGGUCAUCGUCUCCAGGGUCAUACGAAGCGCAACGUGGCCGCAUCAUCGAGACAGCAUUGCCUGGAGUUGUGCCUCGGAGAGAGAGAAUUCCUUUGUCGGUCCGCCAACUACGAGAACUCCACCAAGACUUGUGAGCUAUCCGAUAUGGAUCGGUUGACUGUUGCUGGUUCCGGCGCCUUCCAAACAGCAAACGGCUUCGACUAUUUGGAGAACCAUUGCGUCGAAGAGCCAAUGAAGCUCUGCGAAUUCAAGAAGUUGACCGGUCGAAUUCUGAAAACGGUAGAUUCAGUUUACCAGGAUGUUGGAUCGGCCGACGAGUGUCGCGAACUUUGCCUCAAUUCGCCUUUCCGUUGUCACACCUACGAUUACGGCGACACCGGUGACAUGGUUUGCCGCCUCAGUCAUCACUCUCGCGCGACCCUCACUGACAUUCAGGAACCUUAUCUAGACGUACCCGAAGGAUCAAGCUACGAACUGAGCUCCUGUUACAACGUAACGAUAGACUGCCAGGCCGGUCAAAUGGUCGCCCACAUCCAGACUAGCAAGCUUUUCAACGGUAAAAUCUACGCCAAAGGCUCCCCGAAUUCUUGCGUCGAAGAUGUGAAGUCCGAUCUCGAGUUCGAGCUGCGCAUGGCCUACGACGACCUUGAAUGCAACAUCCGUCAACAGGGUCUCGGCAGAUACAUGAACGACAUUGUCAUCCAGCACCACGACACUAUAGUGACGAGUUCCGAUCUUGGUCUAGCCAUAACCUGUCUCUACGACCUGACCAACAAGACGGUGUCCAAUGAGGUUGACCUCGGCGUUCACGGGGAGAUCACUCCCGCCCUAUCGGAAGAGGUGAUCGUCGACUCGCCUAAUGUGGCGAUGAAGAUUACCGAUCGCAGUGGAAACGACGUCGUGCGCUCUGCCGAGGUUGGAGACCCCCUGGCCCUCAAGUUCCAGAUACUGAAUCCCAACAGCCCGUACGAGAUCUUCGUCCGCGAAUUGGUGGCGAUGGAUGGCGUCGACUCCAGCGAGAUCGAACUUAUCGACGCACGCGGAUGUCCUACCGAUCACCUGAUUAUGGGUCCACUCUAUAAGUUACCCACCACUGGCAAGAUCCUUUUAUCCCACUUCGACGCCUUCAAGUUCCCGAGUUCCGAAGUGGUACAAUUCCGUGCCCUGGUGACCCCGUGCAUGCCGAGCUGUGAGCCAGUGCAGUGCGACCAGGAAGAAUCGACGGGUGAUCUGCGUUCCGUGAUCUCAUUCGGUCGUCGGCGCCGACGUGCGGCAUCCCAGUCGCGAGACGACCUCCUGGUGGUGCAGUCGAUCCAGAUAACCGAUAAGUUCGGGUUCGAGCGGGACGGCAAGACCGGUAACGCGACGGCGACGAAGGACACGAUCUUCGUCGAGUCGGAGGCCGUGAACGGCAUCUGCAUCAACCUAGGCGAAGCGAUAGUCGCCGGAACGGUAUUCCUCGUCGCUCAAAUAGCCAUCAUCGCGGCGUGGACCUUCACAUGGCAGCGACGUCGACAGAUUCUGAAACACCAGGAAGCGCUCUCGGUGUCGGUCUCGGUGCCGGGUAUGCACGCGGGCAUUCCUGGACGUGCGGACAGCCUUUGCAAGCUCUACGACGCUGGUUAUUCACGCCGGUUCUAACGGGGUGAGCAUGGAACUCAAAUGCGCCAUUGAUUUACCGCCUACUUAUCGUGCAGUAGCUGCCUUCCACAGGAUACGCCGAAUGUCAUUGGUUGCGCGAAUAUCGAGACUUGCAACGGUAACUAUAGGGAGUCGAUAAUGCGUCGAAAGAUUAUUAGCGUCAGGAUAGAUGAUUUUGUCCGAACGGGACGAGGCAGAUUGUCCCGUUCGAACGAAAGAACAAUAAUAAGUAAUUCGCGUUCACUCUUCGUUCCCGAGUAAUUUACUCGUGAAUGGACAAUGGGCCUGAUAUAAUAUCGUGAAACGAGAUCGCUUUUCGCCGUGUAAUAGGUACCACUUUGGAGCGAGUUGCAGAGAAUACUGGAUAACGCGUCGUUGCCCACCUACGUCAACGAUUUUUAAGGUCUUUUCAAUGCUGCCGUAUCGCGGCAUUCUUAUGUAACGAACCGUAACUGCGGUACUAUUUGGGUGCGCGGCCUGGCACUGCGUAAAUUUUCCGUUUUUUCUUUCUUUUGUAUACCCUACAGUUCAAUGCUGAUCCCAUUCGUCAGAAAUGGAAAAGUAGAACGGUGUUUAUUCGGUGAACGCUUCUAUUUACCAACGAUUCGUUAUUAGAAUCACUUUUGCCGUCAAUGGUGAAUUUAUACGAAGAUGAUGGAGGAUCGACAACUCAAUUUAGUGAUGGGAAUCGUCCUACGCCAUUGACAGAAAAAAAAAACUGCCAAGUUCCGAGCCACACUUGGAAUGUAAGCUUACAUACAGUACCAGAUUGAAUAUUGUAUUGACUGCCUUUGACUGCCUUUGAAUGCCUUUGAAUACCUUUUGCAGCAGUGAAAAGACCUACAAAACGAACAAAACUUUGAGCGCAAAGACGAAGCGCGGAACGACUCGGUAACGUCAAUUUAUCAUUAGCUUAAUCGUCCCACUGCGUACGAGUCGAGACGCACAACGGGGCGGACUAACGCGAUGUACGUUCGCAUCACAGAAGCUGGAUCGCGUCAGAGAUGAUGGGGGUAUAUUGGUGUAUUUGCAACGAACCGCAGAUUCUAAUUAGCAUAGGGAAUCAAGCGUGAUUAUGCAGAUGUGCCGGAGAGUGGGAUAUCAAGGGAGUGGCGAAGUACGUAUACAGCAGCUAGGGGUUACACCGGAGGGUGCAUGCGCGCAAAGGGGAGCCGGGCAGCGCGGAAGGUUAAUUGCCUCUUGUGGCGGCAUCUCCUGUGCCUGAGCCGAGCACGCGAGGGGGGGUUGGGUAUCCGGGCGAGGUCAAGAGGGCCCAGCCCACUGGGCCAGUUGGAUCGUAUCAAGGAUAUCUCCAUCCGCCGAACCGUCUCUGUGCCACUUUGAGCUUCGCCGUGUGACCCCAUCCUCCUUCGAGUUGACCUUAGCAACGUCACGGCGUCGCGCCCGCGCCAAGCAUAUAAAUCUGAACUCGCUCCAACGUGGGUAACUGCCACCGUGCAUACUUGCCGUUACUUCUCCAACAACAACCGGGGCCUUUUCUGUACCUCCGCCGCGGUGUACGCGUGUCUUCGCGCCGCGUACGUGCGUACGUAGUUACGAUCAUUACGAGAUCACGUAUCAAGUGUGGGGAGUGAUUUUGCUCCCAGCACCUCCUUCGAUGCGUCUUCGUUGGAUCGUUGGGGUACAGUGUCCGGGUGUCUCGACGAAAAUGCGAUCGGUUUCGUUUCAUUGAAUUUUAAUAUUGACGAAGAUGAAGAUAAGGUUUAUAAAUUUCAUCGAAACUGAGGGGCCAUCGCGUGUCACGUUUCCCCCUCGGUUUUAUGCUUAUGGUGAGAGCGUAGUGCCAAUUAUACGAGUUUGGCGGGCCAGUAUCUGCUGAACACGCGUAAUGGGUUUGUACGCUGAAAAUGUACGUGUAUGCACAGUGCGCACUGCGUACCCCCUGUUUCGUAUUUGAGUAUUUUGUACAUGACACACACGUAUACUGCCUACUGCAAUACUAGUAUACAUUAAAUAUACACGUGUCUUCUGUUGCCUGAGCGGGGCUAAAGAAGCGCCGCGAAACACUUUUCAUCGACUUGAUCGAACUGCAUUAUUAUAGCUACAUUGACGCGCGUUCGAUGCAACUCAAUGGAAACUGUCUAAGAAUAUUGAUUUAUAUCGUAAUAACUACUAUUACUGCUGCUACUACUACUACUACUACUACUAUGAUUAAUGUUACUGAGUACUACAUAUUAUUAUAUACAUACGCUAUCACAUCAUUUUUAUCAGUAUACCAUUAUUAAUGUUAUUAUUAAAAAUAUUACAACUUUUCUUUAUAAUUAUUAAUAUUCAUAUCACGAUAAAAACACAUUAUGAUGUAUGAAAAUCCGAGCGCAGUCACCUGUGCAAGGUUAGAGUUCGUCUCGUCGCAGAUGUUGAGCGUGAGAGUUGGAGUCGAGAUGAACAGUAUAAGAGUGUACGGUAGUGAGAAGAGAAGAAGAGAAGUGACGGUAAAACGCGGAAGAGUAAAGAAGAAGUGAAAAAAAAAGAAAGAGAAAAAUGAAAGGAAUAAAAAAAGCAGAAAAGA